AAGCAUAGCGAUUUUCGAAGCAAGAGGGAAAUGAAGAAUGCGCUCAAGCAGCUCAAGCACUUCCAAUACGUGCGGUCGUUUCCAAACAACGGUAUCAAGACCGGCGGCCUUUCCCAGAGUUUUGUAUUCGAGCUGACCAACAAGGUUGCCUUUGUAAGGAAGACGCAGCGGGGUGGGGACAAGCACCGACUGAGUGAAGACAGUGACAGGGAGGCUUGA